AUGCCAAACAUACCAUGCCUUUGGCACUGGAUAGAAUUGCAUGUUGGGCAAAAGCGCUGCGCCAGUUCCACGGAAUCUCGGAACGGCACUGUGAUCGUCACACAGGGUCAUCUACGUUCGCUCGUCGCAUCAAGUGGUUGUGCUGUCAAUGGCGAUCAACGCAUAGCGACAUGUGCCCCACGGCCCUGGGCCCGCAGACAGCGCCGUGCUGCUAUUUCAGUGGGCAAGGGCGUCCUGGUUGCCACAGCCAGCGUGUCGAUGCAGUCAUCGGACAACAGUUGCUUCUGUAGGGCUAAGGGAUGCGCUUCCACUGUGGGUUGA